CAUGAGACAGACGCGCCUUCUACCAAAUCAGUGCGGAAGUCUUGCCCUGGUGGUUUUCUGACAUGAACCUGCUUGGUACUAGAUUGUCUUUCUCUUUUUAGAUGUCUUCUUGAGAACCUUCUUGAGCACUGGUUGUACCCAGACCUGGACUAUCCUUCUCAACAUCUUAUGCAAAUGUUCUGAUCCGGAACAACUACCUAAUACUCAAAGUGCCACCUAGUAUACUCUUAACAAGUUUUAUCACAGCCACAGCUUCAGUAUUUACCGCAACAACGAACCAGUGCAAAGUUCCUGUCCUAGCACAGAGCUAUGGCCAGCCCUCAUUUUGUCAAUGGCGUAUACUACCCCUGCUGGCGUAUAUACAAAGGUCAUGCCCCGUCAUCCCUCCAGCUGGAUGCCAUUUCACACAUUUUUUACGCUUUCGUGCAUGUAAACGAAGAUGGUACACUUCGCUUCCUGGACGACUAUGCCGAUUGUCAUAUCGUCGCCGAUGGAGAAAAGGGAUGUCUGGCUGCUCUCGCCAAGCUCAAGACUCGAGUACCAGGACUGAAGACACUCAUGUCCAUCGGCGGCGGCAGCGGGAGUGCCGAGUUUCCAGUCAUGGCAGCUAAUCCAGAUACCCGUAUUACUUUCGCCAAAAGCUGCCGAGAAUUCUGCGAGAAAUAUGGUGUGGAUGGGGUGGAUGUCGACUGGGAACAUCCGCAGACGCCGCAUGAUGGAGCAAACUACAUCGCUAUGCUUCAGGAGUUGCGCCGGGCACUGCCAUCACCUUGGUUCCAGAUCAGCACGGCGCUGCCUACGAGACAAUAUUGUCUCCAGCACAUCAAUCUUGCAGUUGCCGGCCAGCUACUCGACUACCUCAACCUGAUGGUAUAUGACUUCAAUGGACCGUGGACAGACGUCUGCGGCCAUCAAGCCCAGCUAUAUCCUCCGCCAGGACCCUUGGAGAGCGUGUAUCCUCGGUUAAGGAAUUCCGGCCACGGAGGCGUCGAGUACAUAUUAUCACGCGGCUUUCCGGCCAGGAAGCUCGUAAUCGGAAUUCCAGUGUACACCCGGACCUUCGAGGGUGCUCACGGCGUUGGCCAGCCUUUUAAGAGAGCGCACGAGAUGGAGUACAACGAGAUGCCGCCCGAGUGGGUCGCAUAUGCUACCGUCGACCAUGACUCUGUAGCAGCAAGUUUUGUGGAUAAAACACCUGGGGGCAAAGGUUUCGCGAGCUUUGAUGUUCCAGAAACCGUGGAGAAAAAGGCCGAAUAUGUCAAACGGAUGGGUUUGGGCGGGUUGUUCUACUGGCAUGGCGUUGGCGACGUUCAAGGACCAGACAGCUUGGUACGCACUGGGUAUCGAGCACUACACAAUAUACCACGCCCGACUUGAAUCAACAUAGCCCCAAGAGAGACAUACGCAAACCAAUAGACACCGCUCAACUAUGCCAUCAUCUCUGAGAACAGUAGCAGACUGAUAUCUGGUUAUUAUACCCACGAGGCUGUGUCAAUUAAGCCAGACCUUGAAGAGCUAAUACUGGCCCGCCUGGACGUUUAGUGUUGCGGGCACUGCCUAGCUUAGCAUAGAAGGUGACAAGUAAUCGGGUACGAUCCUCGGUCUCGGAGUGUAUGACUUUCAGCCCAGUUGUUUCCGUUGCUUACCAUAACUUCCCGUUCCUCUUGCGCACAUGGAGCAAGUAGAAGCACUGAGCAAUUGCAGAAAUUGGGGUUCUAUCGCGUGUGUAUUUUAGCACAGAGCUUGGCGUCACUAGCGUCAUUAACGUGUGCAUGCAUCAUUGCUUCUCGUUCAGAAAAUUUGGGAGCAUAAUAUUGCUUUGAUCAACUGUGGAAGUCUGCAU